AUGCCUUUCGUCUGCAAGAAUUCUAUAUGUGACGUCCAAUGUAAAGGCAAAGAGAACAGAUGUCAAUGUGACUGUUGUAAACGGAAAUGUAAAAAUAAAGAAGUUGAAGUCUGCAAAGCUCCCGCUCCACAGCCUCUCGUUGCUUCCCCCAGUGUUGAAACCGAGACCAGUGCACAACGUGGCACCAGCGAUCAAGAAAGUAACACUGACAACCGUAAUUCAGAAGCCUCCACACUUUCUCCCCCUGACCCCCAAGCCAUCGCCGCCGUCAUCGUUGCCAUCAUCGUCGCCAUCAUCCUGCUCGACCUGUGCAUCUUCCGCUUUCCGGUGGGCCGCAACAUCCGCGAUUUCCUCGUACGCAAGAUACCCUUCUGCAUCGCGUUUUACAGCUGA